GAUCUCUGCAAGGUCUGAUGCUCAGCUGUUCAUAUGCUCGAAGCAUUUUACCGAAGACAGCUUUCAGAACCUUGGACAGUUCAAAGCAGGAUUUGCUAAACUUCUUUUACUGAAACGAGGGGCUGUUCCCACCAUAAGGCCAUCACAACCACAAACUAGCACAUCUCAAGAUCAAAAAGUUGCAGCGUGCCGAAGAGAUCCUCCUAAUGUGGCAUCUCACAGGACGCAGCUUUGUUUCACUGCAUUGAGACCUCAGCAACGAAGCAAAGGCAUACAGGCAACAGCAGAAUGCCAGAGUGUGGCAGUAGGAACAACGGCUCCUUCAGCCUCUGGGCAAUCCUCUCCAACUCCUUGGAAGGGUCAGAGGCCAGCAAAGAGACCUCGCCUUGAAUUUGAGGAGGAGUGGGUGGAAGGUGUUUCCUCUGCAUGCACUGAUCCUCAACAUUCCACAUACGAUCCUGCACAGUCCAUCACAAUGGAGGCAGAAUCAUCCCAGCUUUUUACAUCCCCAGUGACAUCAUAUGGCGAUGCAAAAUACAUUGUUUUUGAGCAAUGCCUCUUCAGCCUGUUUGAGAAGUGCCCUGUGUGCAGAAGAGCCUGUACAGUCCUGCCACGCAGAAGAGGAUCUUUCCUAGCGAUCGAUCAACAAUGCCCUCACUGCCGGUUCUUCAGACAGUGGAAGAGUCAGCCAGUUAUUGGGAGCACCCCUGUGGGCGACCUUCAGCUGUCUGCUGCCGUUUACUUUUGUGGAGCUUCAUUUUCAAAGAUGAAAAAGAUGUUUGAUGCAAUGCAGCUGAGAACACACUCAUAUGAUGCUUUCAGAAGACAUGCCAGAACAUACCUGGAACCGGCUAUAAUCCACAGCUGGAAUGAAUGGCAAUCCACAAAGCUUCGAACGCUCAGUCAGGAAAACAGCGUCACUCUUGAUAUGCGAGCAGAUUCACCAGGACAUUCUGCAAAGUAUGGAAGCUACACAAUGAUGGAUGUGAAGACCAAUGAAAUUGUGGACAUACAGCUGGUGCAGAGCAAUGAGGUGGGGGGACGCUCAUGCAUGGAAAAGGAAGGUCUAAUUAGAAGCCUGGACCUCCUACAUCGAAGUGGUGUAAAGCUGGACGGUGUUAUCACCAAUCGUCAUCCUCAGAUCCAGAAGAUCCUAAGAGAACGUAAAAUGACCCACUAUUAUGAUGUCCAGCGUGUAGCAAAAGGGUUGUCAAAGAAGUUGGAACUAGUUGGCAAAGACAAAGGCUGCGCUUUGGUGAAGAAGUGGCAUAAAAGCAUAGUCAACCACCUGUACUGGUGUGCCACGAGCUCCGUCUGCGGAGCAGAGAAGCUAGCCAAAUGGAAGUCUGUGUUGAACCACAUGCAAGGUGUGCACAACCAUUCUGAUCCCGCUUUCCCUAAGUGUUUACAUCCACCGAAGGCCUCGAAGGACCGUAGCAAGUGGUUUCAACCAGGUUCAUCAGCACUGAAUAGGCUUGACAAGGUCCUAACAAACAAGAGGUUCCUUACUAAUGUUGAAAAGCUCAGCCAUCAUUACCAGUCAGCAACUGUGGAGUCGUUCCAUAGUGUCAUCCAGCGGUUUGCCCCAAAAAAUUUGGCUUUCCCCUUCAUUGGAAUGCUAUGCAGGUAUGAACACUCCCUAUGAAUCUCUUCAUAUUUAAACCAAGUCAUGGCAAAUGGGAAUUGGAGACAAAUUG